AUGAAAUACUGCAAACAGAGCAAACAGAGUCUCACGGCGGCAUCGGACUGUCGGACUGUCAAAUACGACAAACCCGACGGCUGGCCCUGUGCGAUCUUGGCUUUAUUGGCCGCGUCGGCACGUACUCCAACCUACACCGUACGCUCCAGUCUUUCGGCAUACGCCCAAGGGCCCCAACCGAGACUCCGGCACGGCUACAGUAUCACAUUGGGACCAGGGGCCGUCCAUAUGAAUUCGACUUUCGCCCCCGCGGCCACCUACUGGGGCCAAUACCAGGAGAUUAGCAACUACAACACCAAUUUGAAUGUCGCCGAACGACUUUGGGCGGCGUGGUACGCCUGGAUGCAAAAUGAUGUCCUGGCUACCGGGAUCAUGUCUUUCGCGAUGCACGAAAUUGUCUAUUUCGGUCGUUCCCUGCCCUGGUUCAUCAUCGACAGCCUGGGCCUGUUCAAGCAAUACAAGAUUCAAGGCAGACCACCCCUCUUUGGUGACGGUAUGCUGACAGAUAUCUCCCUCCAGAACAAGAUCCCCUCUGUACGUGAGCAGUGGGAUUGUGCCAAAUGGGUUCUACUGAGUCACGUCACCGUCGAGCUUCCUCAGAUUUGGCUCUUCCACCCCAUGGCCCAAUUCUUCGGACUCUCAACUUCCGUUCCUUUCCCCUCCGUCCUCACGAUGGCUUAUCAAAUUGCGAUCUUCUUUGUUAUGGAGGAUGCCUGGCACUACUGGUUUCAUCGCGCUCUCCACUACGGACCUCUCUACAAGGCGAUCCACAAGAUCCACCACCAGUAUUCCGCUCCAUUCGGCUUGGCGGCUGAGUAUGCUUCUCCAAUUGAAGUGAUGAUCCUCGGCUUCGGAACCGUGAGCUGUCCCAUCAUCUGGUGUGCCAUCACCGGUGACCUGCACAUUCUCACCAUGUACGUGUGGAUCAUCCUUCGACUGGCUCAGGCUAUCGACGCGCACAGUGGCUACGAGUUCCCUUGGAGUCUGCACCACUUCCUGCCUUUCUGGGCCGGCGCAGACCACCACGACCUCCACCACGAGAAAUUCAUUGGCAACUAUGCGAGCAGCUUCCGCUGGUGGGACUACGUUCUGGACACCGAGUACACUCCCGAGGCGCUGAAGCGCCGCCGUGGUAACCCGGCAUCCACCAAGAAGGCCCAGUAA